UGCAACAUCAACGGAGACGGGAUAAAGAAGCUCUGUGCGAGGGACAAGGGAAACAGAGGAAUACACUUCUGAAGAAAAACAAAGAGGGGAUGGAAUGAAAAAAAGCAUCCUACUGCUGUUGGUUAUCCUGUUUCAUCCCAUUUCUGUUGGAGAAUUCCAUAAGCAAAGAAACAGAGAAAACACAUACAUGUGAUAUAUAUCUAAAAUUCCUAUACAUAUAUAUCAAAUUAUGCCUGUUUUCACAGAAGCUGCUUUUGGGGAAGGACUGUGUUGAGGUCCCUUGCAUAACAAUUGGAAGAUUGCUUUAAUGUGCAGCAUUUGGUAAAACUGUUGCAUAUUAAUGCUUUUUUGCAAAUGAGCGUGAUAAAAGACCACAAACAACACAAACAGCUUUGCUGCAGUCCCAUUUUUGAAGGCUUCUUGAAAACAGGAUUUUGCAUUGCCUUGUGUUGUCGCCUCUCCAGUUAUCCUGCCCUUGGAACAGGCUGGGGAGUUGAGGCUUGGGUGUGUUGCAUGGACCGCAGUCCACAGGCUCAGUAAUACCCUCCUGUAUUCACAGCAGUAACACGGCAGAAAGCCUGCUCUUUAGUUGUGUCUGAAAGAGGGAGAGGUAAGUGAGGAAGACAGAAGAAAGCAGAGAGCAAGAAACAACAAAAAGCAGCAGAGAGGGAUUAUGGAGUCGUGGUAAAUAAACAAAGACAAGGAAAACAAGGAAGGGACCAAAACAAAUAAAGCAACUAACGACCGACUACAGUAAAGAAGUGGGACACUACGCAGAAAUGUAAUUACACCGCAUGUUCGCUCAAAAAUCAGCUUCUCAUAAAUUUAGACUCGGGAGGACUGGACUAGACUCCACAGGCUGGGGGGAUUGUUCAGCACGCUGCCCUUGUCAUUCCCCUAUCCCCUGCUUGGUAGCACUUGUGGGGUUGUAGUUGUCUGGCAGCAGAGCUGUAUUGGUGACCCUAUCCUUUUAGGUUCCCUCUCAGGUGUGGUGUGGAGCCGAUCCGACAGCACCAAGAGAAACCCACAACAACAGAGAGUGACUGGACCCCCAUCUCUCUAAACCCAUUAAGCCAAACUGACACUGACGGAGCGCUGUCGCCUAUGGAUUUGAAUGUGUGUGUGUGUGUGUCUGUGAGAGAGUGUGUGUGUGCGUGCGUGUGUGUGUGUGUGUGUGUGUGAGAAAGGCUGCCUGCCUCAAGUUCUGAGGACCUCUUUUAAAUCUGGACUAAAUCAUCAUUUCAGAUCUCGUAGGACAAUAUUGAAGAACUGCAGGCUGUGCUUUCGCUAGAGGGAGUGGAAACAAAAACCAAUAUACCUUUUUUUCUGGCAUAAUAUAAUAUUGAAGACCAAUUGUAGAGUAACAUCUAACUGGAAUUGCACAUCUGGAAAGAAAAGGAAUGAGAGCAUCAUGUUUCACUUAGCAAAGGGAUUAAAAAUGGCUGCAAGAAAAAUAACAAAGAAUCAAAUGAACAUUCAGUUGGAGACCAGGCAGUUGCUCGAGGCAAGAUAAUCUGAGAGGGGAAUAUCAACAACUCCCAUAUUUAUAGAUUAUGACAAGUGGAUUAUCUAGAAGUUCCAGUGCUUUGCCAUUUCCCCCACUUCAACAUUGAUUAAUGCUUGGCAGGGCAAUUAUCAAAAUCUGUGUGUCCCUCUCCUAAAUGAAGACGUUUACAGAAAGGAGCUUGGAGCCUUGAGGAAUCUGCUUUCCCGCUGGCGCUGUUGGGAUUCCAAUCUCUCUGAUUUACGGAUAACACUUUCUUUAUUGGGGGGAGAUUUUUUUAAAUGCCACGGGCCAGUUCAUUUCUGGGUGACACCUCCUAAACUGGAGGUGCUCCAGAUUUCAGAUCACAUCUGCUAUUGACAUUUGGCAGAAAAGGGCUGUAUUUUCGCAACGCUGCCAGAACUGUGUGUCUGAGUCUGGGACUGAAUCACUGGGGACUCAUUUGUGAGGAGCAGGUUGAGAUUUGGGGUUAGUUUGUUUCACUUACUUGCUCAUCCCCCUUCUUGAUGGCAAUUUAUUACUUCACACUGAGCCUCCUGUAACAGAGUGCCGUAAUAACUCUCAGCAAAGUAAUUGAAAGCUCAACUCCUUUUCAAGUCUCUAGUGUGUGAAAUACCUAAAAGGCUAUUUUCAUGUCAUUUUUUGGGGGCCAGUGAGAAGCCUACAUUUCUGAAGUUGGUGUUUAUUGGCCUGCACCAGCUUUGAGACACUUCAGCAACUGAACAGAAGCAGCAUCCACAAGUAUCAAACAUGGCUGCCCAUUCUGUGCUCAUCUGCCUCGCCUUCAGCUUUCUGCUGGGCUUCACUUCACUGGGCCAGAACUCUAGAGAGGCUGGGGCAGAUGCCCAGGCCACCAACCAGACGGCAGCCACCUCUAAUUCUCCGGAGGCUACGCUGGCCACUCCGGUGGCGGAGGACCAGACCAUCCCAAUGAUAGGCAGCCGCUGCCGGGGCUACUAUGAUGUCAUGGGCCAAUGGGACCCACCGUUCAACUGCAAUGCUGGCGUCUACCUGUUCUGCUGCGGCUCCUGCUUUUACCGCUUCUGCUGCCAGUUCAAGGUGCACAGCCUGGAGCAGGAGUCCUGCUCCAACUAUGACACGCCCGUCUGGGCCAACACCGGCAAGCCGGCAGCCCCCGUCACUGAGGUGCAGGAGGAGCCCGACCGAGACCGCACCCACAUGAUCGUCUACAUCAUCUGUGGCGUGGUGGCCAUUAUGGUGCUGGUGGGCAUCUUCACCAAGUUGGGCCUGGAGAAGAGCAGAGGUGGCCAGACAGACAUGACCAACUCUAGGGCCUUGACAGAGUUGUUGAAGCAGCCAGGAGAGGUGGGUGGAGUGGACGGGACUGGGGGUCACCACCCCAUAGGGACCAAUGGGAUCUCUGGCAGGUCACCGCGCAGCAACAAUGAUCACAACCACCUGAAUAACGCUGCCCUCUCACCCCUGGGUCCAGCGAUGGCACUCUCCCACCCUCACAACAACCUUGGUCUGGGCUUUAACAAGUGCGCCUCCCUCAAGGCUGUGGGGGUUUGGCCACUGGAUAACAGAGCUCUUACUGUAUCUGAACAAAGGAGGACAUUGUUGAGGUCUCUGGGGGUACCAGCAGAUACGUCAGCAAGAGACUACUACAAGGGCUACCCCAUGGUGGACUACUCCCGCCAUCACUCCUCACCCCCCACCUUCCAGCCCAUCGCCUUUCACAAGGACAAGCCCUUCCUGCCCCCUCCAGACAUCCACGCCCCACUGGCCAUAACCAUCACCGCCGCCCAACUCCCCAAACCCAAGAUCUCCAAGACUAACACCCAUCCGCUUACCUCCAGCUCGGCCUUCAAAGUCUGGGACCCCAGUAAGGGCCAUGUCCAGCAUCCAACGGCCUCCCACAUCGGGCAGGCACUGCAGCAGCAUCCGCAGCAUCCGCAGCAUCAGCAGCAUCAGCAGCAUCCGCAACAUCAACAACAUCAACAGCAGUUACAUUUACAGCCCAACAGCCACCGGCAGGCCUACUCCAACAAGCGGAAGUUCAGCAUUGAGACGCUCCCGGAACUCUUCUCCCAGCCCCUGGGCUAUGGACAGUCGCCCCACAUGCACCCCAAAAACAAGGGGCUGCCCACCAACAGCAAGACAGAGGUCACAGUCUGAGCAUGAAUUUUUGGAGAGCAGGAGGGCAAGAAAAGAGUCUAUAGGACUGGGAGUAAGGCCAGGGAGCGAGAGCUUUUUGUAUGAAUCAAUGUCGUGUUGAUGGCUGGGGGGACGACCAGGAACAAGCAAUCUUCUUUUGCUAUUUUAAUUGCAGGUUUUCUUCAUUAUUGAUAAUGUAACACCCAAAACGGAAGGUAACGAUCACAUGAAGUGACUCGCUCUCUCUAGACCUGGUUCCCCUAAAUUCCCUCUCCGUCCCAGCGUCCUCCCUGUUUUGUUUUGGUCAAUCUCCUCUUUGCUCCCCUGGCACCACUACUCUACAAAUCCCCCCCCCCCCACACACUUACACACUCUCCUACUUUUUUGCAGCCUGUCAGAGUGGUAGACAUGGGUAAAGCACCCCCAGGACCCUGCACAACAGCAGUGACAAUGCCAUUGUCUUGUCAGCUCCCAUCACUCUCCAUCCAGAACAGAGUAAGAUACCAUUCUGGCAAAUCUGUACCACCGAGAGAGAGAGAGAGGAAGAGAGAGAGAGAGAGAGAGAGAGAGAGAGAGAGAGAGAGAGAGAGAGAGAGAGAGAGAGAGAGAGAGAGAGA